AUGAACUCUUCACCCCAAACCUCCCCACCUAAACGCACAGGCAAGCCCCUCCCCCACCUCACCUCAGCCCUCGACCACCUCGAGUCCCGCAGCCUCCACAUCUCCACCCUCCUGCACACCAGCGCCCCCUCCCGCUCCAUAAUCCCCGACAACGACUACAGCCUCCUGAAGCUCACCAGCUCCCUCACACGCAGCGUCUGCACCACCCUCGACAUCUUCACCAGCGCCCACGUCCGCUGCUGGUCCGACGCCACCUUUCGCCAGUGCGCACUACGCUGUCUCCGCCUGCACCGCAACGUGCGAGACAGACAGUGGGAGAUUGGUGAGAUGUUCCACGAGUUCAGGGACUGGAGACGCAGUGAUGAUGAGUUUGUGUAUGAGAGGUGGCUCGAUGAGGUUGUUGGUGUGGAGUUGAGGGCGGGGAUGGAGGCGCGGAUGGUGGAGAUUAUGUUAGUGGCGUUUCUGGGGGAGAUGGCGGAUGGGGACCGGAGGUGGCUGGAGAGGGGCUUUGGGGGGGUGGAUGAUGUGGUGACGGAGGAUUGUUUGGGUGUGCAGGUUUCUGCAGCGCAGAGGUCGUAUCCUGCCGAGGACGGUGAAGAUGUGAGUGUGAAGCCGCUGGAUGUUCUAAGAGCUGUGCGGCGUACGUCCGCCCUCCCACCGCGGUCAUGGUUCUGCUCCAGGUUCUGA